AGAGAGAGAGACCUUUUCUUGGCUCAGAGCCUCUCUCUCUCUCUCCUGGUAGUCUCACUGUGCGAGCUCACCUACAAAGCGGCCGAUGCCUUACUGGCAGUUUUAAUUUUCAUGUGCACCGAGGAAAGCAAGGUGGUGGGAAGGAUGGCUUGAGCGUAAGGACAAAACUAGUCUGGGAUUUGGCCCUGUUGCCAUUCAUUUCGUUCUGCCUCCAUUCUCCCUCCCUCUUCUCCUUUCUUCCAGUCCCACCUUCUUUGUUCUGCUGCCAAAGCCAUCACAUUUAGACUUACGAGAGACAGAGAGAGAGAGAGAGAGAGAGAGAGAGGAGAGGAGAGUAGGAGCUUCUGCUUGCAGGACUGUUGCUCAUAUUGAUCCAAUGAUGUUGGGGGAGGAGGAAGAUGUCAGCUCAGAGUGCAGCAGUGGAUGCCAAUCUGGUUGGACCGCCUACCUAGAUCAGUCCUCCUAUGACUCCCCUCAGCCUCUUGUCUAUAACAAAGCUGGUUACUUACAAGAGGAGGAAGAGGAAGAGGAGGAGGAGGACCUGUCUAUGGUCUCCGAUGCAUCCUCUGGACCACCUCAUUUUCAUGAAGAGGAUGAGCCUUCCUUCUGCUAUCUUCACUCCAGCACUUGCUUCGAGGGCGGUGGCUGCCUCUGCUCCGCCCUAACUCCAGCUGCUGGAUCGGCCAAAAGUGGUGCGAAGAGGAAGCGAGUUGAACCAGAGCAACAGAGAGAGCAUUCCUCUCUGCUGGAUGACACUGCGAGUUCCACUCUGCUCAGCUACCCCAAGACCCGCUUCAAUGGCGACAGCAACAGCAAUAACUAUCUGAAGCCACCCAUGGAAGGUGUUCUGGAGUUCUCUUGUGGCUUUUCGGCUACCCAUUUUAAGAGAAACCAUGAACUACACAAACAAGUGGGCUACCUUCAAUCCUCUUCUCCUGUGAAGCCAACCCCUACGAGACCAGUUUUAACGAAAGAAGGUGGGAAGAAGAUUUGGUGAUUGAUCCCAUGCCGCCCUGCUCUGAACAAGAAACAGAAGGAUGAAUCUAUUAAAGAUCUCAAAGAGAUCUUGCUCCGUCUCUUGUUCUACUUCUCUCUUCUGUUAUUUUCCUCGUGGCAUGUCAAUGCAGAGGGACGCAAGUGCCCUGAGAGCAAUAGAGAAGAGGAAAAAAUAAACAGUACUCUGUUUUCCCUUA